AGUUCAGGUGCUUUGUUUACAAACAAGACGCUCGCGGCUGUCAAAGUCUAACAAUGCGUUUUAAACAGGCUCAUCCUGUAAAGAGAGUCUUGAAGAAUGGUAGAUAUUCACCUACAGCCCUGUACAACGCAUAUAAGUUUGUGAAGGAGAACGGCACGCCCAUAAAAACUGCUGCUAGGCAGUAUGGAGUUCCACAUUCUACCUUGCGUGAUCGGGUUAAAGGACGCAUUGACCCUGAAGCAUUAAAACCUGGUCCUGCUCCACUCUUCAGUCAGGAACAAGAGGCCAAAUUUGUCGACCACAUCAAAACCAUGGCUCAGCUAGGUUAUGGCUUUACAAUUAGUGAAGUGGUAGAUAAGGUCAGCAACUAUGCAGUGUAUCUGGGUAAGAGGCCUAAGGACAAGCCUCUUAGCAUAAAGUGGUUCAAAGGAUUCAGGGAUAGGUGGCCAGAAAUACGUGUUAUCAAACCGAGAGCCCUUUCUAACUACAGGGCUGCAUCUACAAGCCAAGCAGCAGUCAGUGAUUAUUUCAAAAAUCUGCAAGCCGUUCUUGAAGCCAGUAAUUUGAUGGACAGGCCAGAAUGCAUUUAUAACAUUGACGAAAAAGGUGUUCAAACUGAGCAUGUUCCUCCUUAUAUCGUCAGUGGCCAUUCUAGAGUACCUUCCAUCAAAUCAUCAAGAUCAUCUGUAACUAAAAUAAUAGGAUGUGGAAAUGCCAUUGGGACACAGAUUCCACCUUAUUUUGUUUUCAUAGGACAACGUAUGAGUGACGACCUCUUAGCUGGAACAACUCCAGGUUCUGAUGGAACCAUGUCACCUUCUGGAUGGUCCAAUUCUACUGUUUUUCUUAAAUACUUGCAGUCACACUUCAUAAAGUACAUCCAGCGUGCAGACCAGCACCAACCAAUACUAAUCAUUUUGGAUGGACACAAAUCUCACAUAAACCUACCAGUGCUAGAAUGGGCCAAGAGAAAUAAUGUAAUUAUUUUUGUUUUACCUGCUCACACAAGCCAUGUUCUGCAGCCACUGGACGUUGGCUGCUUCGGUCCAUUACAAAGGAUUUAAAAUGCCAGCUGUCAUCGGUUUCUUAGACAAAAUCCAGCAUCUAAAAUCACAAGGUACAAUGUGUCUUCUCUUGCCUCUACUUCAUAUGUAGCUGCCAUGUCGAAUUCAAACCUGAGAUCUGCAUUCCAGAAGACUGGAAUAUUCCCAUUUAAUAGUAAUGCAGUAAGUCCAGAUCAGUUCAUACCAUCUGAACCAUACUGUGACACAUCAAAUGAGAAUAAAUCAAUCUUACCAGAUGAAAACCUACCUGAACCAGACACUGAUGCUUUCUUUCAUUCUGAAAGAAGUGUAAUCGAUAAGAAAAAAGAUUACAACCAAUCUGCAAAGAAGAGCACCCUUAGCAAUCUUGUAUCUGGCAAAGUUAUUACCAACCCUCUUGUUGAAGCAGAACUUGUUAAAAACAUCAACACUAAAUUACCAGAAACCAGUAUGUCUUCAAAAAGGACAAAAUCUAGUCAACCUGUUAAAUCAGUAAAGAAAUUUCUACCAAAAAGCAAGUUAGUUCAACCAGAACCAGUUCCAGGACCGUCUCAUAUUAACUUGGUGAAUUCUAGUGCUUCUGAUGUGAGUUCAGAUGAUGAUGAUGAUAAUACUGAAACAUGCUGUGUCUGUGGUUUAUUUCAGCCAGUAGAACUUCAUAACUGUACAUCAGUAGUUUUCACAAAGUGGGCACAAUGCGAUGUCCAAGGCUGCAAGCAUUGGACACAUUUGAAAUUUUGUUGUGCCCAGAAUGUUAUCAGGCUGGGUGAUGAAUUCAUAUGUCCCUGUCAUGAUAAAAAGUCAAAUACUGAAGAAUAGAAAAUAAGUUGUUAGUGUUAUUGACGUUUGUAGAUAAGUUUCUAUGUUUGACACUUAUUUCAGAUGUUCAGAACAAAUUUUGAGUAGACUUUAUGAACUGAACUGUAAAUUUAUAAGCGGUUCGAGAAUAGGUCAUAAAAAUACAAAAUGGCGGACAAUUGUUGUUGCACUCAUAUUUCAUAUUAACAUGAAAUUUUAUUGAUAUUGUGAAGUUAAUCUUUACAGAAGUAGGUAAAAUUGAAUUCUGAA